UCGAAUAACUUGUGGUUACGUUGCGUUGGCGGUGGUAUUUGGUUCUCUCUGUCUCUCUUUCGCCUUAGCAGACUGGAGUUGCGGGGGAAAUGGGUGGCUCAGGAGACUCAAAGCCGGCGCCAGAGGUGGUAGAGCUGAAGCCGAUCGAAGCGACUCCGGCGAGCUUCCAGGAGUACGGUCAAGUCAUCGAGCCUCACCCUGACAGCACCGAGUUCGGACCCCAAGAUGCACAACUGGACCUCAGCCGUGGCAUUCCCAGGUUUUACAUUAUGCAACUUGAAAACCGACCACUGAAGUUCUCUACAAUCACACAUCACGCAAGUGUGACCCAAUGCCUCGGUUCGGUCGGCGGUCAUGUUUGGUAUCUCGGAGUUGCUAAGCCGUCCAUUGUUGACGACAGUGAAGAAGUGAAGGAGGGUGAGAAGAGUGGGAGGAACAUUGUGCGGUCUCGUUGUGGCCAUUUCUAUGUGCCUCCUGCUGUUGAGGGUGUCCGAGUUUUCAGAGUCGCAGGUUUCAAAUUCCUUAAGCUGAAUCGAGGGACUUGGCAUGCGGGGCCGCUGUUCAACGCUGACGCCAUGGGUUUCUACAAUCUAGAAUUGAGCAACACCAAUGUGGUUGAUCACACGACACACAGCUUCAUCCGUGAAAACGGAGUGGUCUUUUCCAUCAAUGACUAGUGUCUGUGUCUGCUUCUGUUUCGGCAUCUGCUGCCGCCGCCCUUACUGCAGAUUAUAUGUGUAAUUAUACUCUUUUCUGACAAAUUAACUCUUUAUAGCUUCAUGUGAAGCCCAUCAGCUGAUGAUAAAAGCAAACUCGGCUUUGAGCUUUGGAAAUUAAUUAAACUUCAGCAAACUUGAGAGCAUCACUACUUGUUUGCCACACUUCUU